AUGAGCUCAACAGCAGCCCUCGCGGUCGAGCUCGAAGGACUACCUCCACCUGGAACACCACUCUUCCUUCCGACCAUCCUCGCUCAUGUCCGCGUUCUUGCGCCCUCUCUGCCCGUCGACCCCGUCGUCUUGCAAGCCAUGUUGCUCGGCGUGAUCUCGGGUGGGCGGAACGUAAUCCUUCAGACGCGUGAUGAUGAUGUUCAGGCAGUGGCGCGACUGACAGCCUUGACCCUCACCACUGUCUUUGGCUACACUACACACCGAACCAAGUUCGCGCCCGAGGCAAAGCAAUACCCACCUGACGAGAUCGUCAAUGCCCUCUUCGUGCCUCCCUCGGUCCCUACUCCACUCCUCGGUACUUUGACCCCUACAUCCCCUCUCUCACCUAUUUCCGCUAGCUCUGGAGGCACCAUCAGAGGGCUCACGACCACUUCACUGCAGCACCAUCGUUCGCUUUCACGCGGAUCCACAAUUAAGCCCGUCCACGCACGUCCCCCAAGUGAUUCCUUCAGGCGGUCGUCCUCCUACCCUAGCGAAACGACAUCACCCACGUCACCCACAGCAGGCUCAAUCUAUGCACCGAGCGUGAGCACCGCGCAUGCAUCCGGUCCUCGCAGAAUCACCUCUCCUGACAGACCAGGUCUGCUAAGUCCCGGCAUGGAGUCGCAUACAGCCCCGGCAGUGCCGACGAUCACAUAUUCACCACCGCCUGGGCCGUUGGCUCCGCUUCAUCCGUCCCAAUCCGUCAAUUCGGCUCACGUUCGGACGCGUACGGCGAGCACCACCAACUCCACGGCUGCUCGCUUCGGCAUGCCAGUGAUGGUUCCCGCAGAGCUGCCACAAGCGGUGGUGGUAUCUGGGUUGGAGCAUAUCGGCAUUGCAGCGCAGCGGGACGUUGUACAGACCCUCCGGACGCGUGAGCUUGUGAUGGAGGUCGUAGACGACGAGACUGGUCAGUUGAAGAAGGUGAAACGGAAGCUGCGGGAUGGGUUCAUCGUUGUCUAUGUGUGUCGGUUAGACCCAAGAGAGCGACCUAUGAUCUACAAGAGCUUACUCGACCACUUUGCUCUUAGCGCAUCGGUCACUUUACAACCUAUGGCGCGCACCGCACUGCGCUACCGACACCCAUCGACCAACACACCUCCUAUAGCCCAGCCGUCUCCACGGUCUCUAGCAGCAGCUCAGUCUCCGCCACAGCCCUUCCUUCUCCCUGCAACGCCUCCCGUGAGCGCCAAUCUCGCAACCACCCCACCCGCUGAAUCACCAUCGCGCCAAGCCCAUCGCGUGAGCCAAUCCACUUCGACCACGGGCACUUCGCCCAUCCCCACAUCUCUCUCUCCUCCGCCCUCGCAGCCCUCGCAGCCCGGACAACCCCCAGCCCCUUCUGCGCUCCCAGCACUCCUUUCUCCUGCCCUCCUGAACACGCUCCGCUCGCUCACGAAACGCGCAAACAUCCGCGCCCCGCUCCGUCUGUACCUCUCCGACCUGCUUACGGCGACGCGACAUGCACCCGAGCUGGACGGCGCACUCCUCACCGCUCGCUGUCGUACUGACAUCGAGGCGCUCGCGUGCGCUGGACGCGUUCUCGGCGUAGACACGGGGCGCGGCGAGCUCGUUCGCCCUAUGGUACCAGCCGACCCGGACGACGCGAGUUGGGCUGAAACGGAGGCAGGUGCGACUCAGAGCACCGAGAGCUUCUUCACGUCAGAGGCCAACGCUAUCGGCGGCGAUGGCGACGAACCCCAUCCGAACGGAAAUGGUCAUGCGCUACCGUUCCCGCGCCCGCCCAGCCUACGAUCGCACCAGACGCGCAACACAAUCGCGACGGGCGCAAGCGGUACAGGCAGCAGCCUUCUGAACAAAGACGGGCUUGACGAGCUCCAGCUGGAUGUUGCGGAGGCGGACAUCGCGCGCGUCUUUCCGAGGGCGGUGUCGCACCGCGUGCGCGUGCGCCGGUCGCCGGCGGACGAGGUGCUCAGUAGCGCGCUAUGUGGUGCUGUGGGUGGGGUGAUGGUCAACGGGCGGGAGGUGCGUGCGGACGACCCGGAUGCGUGGGUGAGGUCGCAGGUGAAGGAUGUGUUGGUGCAGGUGUUGGCAGAUGUGUGA